GCGCACGCCGCACGGUACACGUGAUGCAUGCUCCGGUAUAUCCGGCAUCUGCUGAGAAGCACGUGAAAAUAUAUUUGUUUUCUCCAUCCAGUUAGAUGUAAUUAUAUGAUAGGUGUACGAGGGAUACAAAUCCAGUGAAAUUAUAAUUUCGUUUUUAGUCUAGUCGGCGUAAUAAUUGUGAAGAACGUUGUUGACGUACAGUUGUCCUCUGUGAGAGGUUAUGUCUUUCCGUGGACGCGGUGGCGGAGGUUUUAGGGGCGGCGGUGGUUUUAGGGGUGGCCGAGGUGGCGGAGGGUUUAACAGGGGACGUCCUGGUGGUUUCGACAAGGGCAGAGGGUACGAUCAAGGACCUCCGGAGACAGUAACGCUUUUAGGACACUACACAUGGACGGUAGAGAAUGACUUGGUUCUUAAAGUCGAUAUUGAACAGGUGCCCUUUUUCAAUGCGCCGAUCUACACGGAGAACAAGCAGCAAAUUGGGAAGAUAGAUGAAAUAUUCGGCAAUAUUCGUGAUUAUUACGUGUCUGUUAAGGUAGCAGAAAACGUGAAGGCUGGCAGCUUUCAGAAAGAUGCUCAGUUAUAUAUUGACCCAGCAAAGCUAUUGCCUCUUCAGAGGUUCUUGCCAAGACCUCCUGGAGAACAAAAAAGAGGUGGUGGCCCUGGCAGGGUCAUGAAAAGAGGUGGUGGAGGCAGAGGAGGAGGCUUUGGUAGAGGCGGUGGCAGCAGGGGUUCCUAUGGGAGAGGAGGAGGCGGUGGUUUUGGUAACAGAAGUGGCGGCAGUGGAGGAUUUAGAGGUCGCGGAGGAGGCGGCGGAGGCGGUGGAUUCAAUCGUUCUAAUUCAGGUGGUGGUCGAGGAGGAGGAGGAGGAGGAGGCAGGGGAAGAUGGUAGAUUUUAAAUCAACAUGUUAAUGUACUAGAAUAAUAUCUUGCGACGUGUACUAUAAUGAUAAAUAUUAUAAAUCAUAAAGAGAAUUAAAUAUUUUAUACAAUUUA